UCUAUAGUUCCAUGAAAGAAAAAAAAACAAGGAGAGAGGAGGAGGAGGAGGAGGAGGGAGGAGCAUAGCUACGCUGAAGCUGAGCCCCUCUAUGUCUGAGCACACAGAGUGGAGCAGACGGCAGCGGCCACACAAACACACUCUCUCCCAGUUACCCACACACACGGACAGUGACGGCUGUCAGACACAGUGGGAAGCAAGCCAUCAGAGAAGAAAGAGUGAUCGCAGAGUGCAAGAGAAGACAAGAGAGUUGGAGGAGGCACCUUGUGGAUCAGAGGGGAUUUUCCUCAGUGUGAGUGCACGUCUGGAUCAGGCUGCUUCUUCCUGAGUGAGAGGAGUUGUUAACCAAAGCUUUUUUUCUUUUGCUCAUCCUCCACUUCGGACUCCAGCGCUAUCUACCUAUCUAUUCCCGGAGGUUAACAAAAGAGGGAGGGAGUGAGAGUGAGGAGAAAAAAAAGGCAGUCACAGCUUCAGCUCCAGACCACCCUCCCUCGUUCUCCUCCCCCUCCCGCUCUUCUCUCCAGCUCCACAUCCAUGUGUGAGUUCAUCACUGCCCUCGGAGGAUAGAACACAGAACAGUGUGUGUGUUCUCCCGGAUACAGCAGAGGCUUUUGGUGGGAUCAGGGUCUUGUGUGGUGUGAGGGCUGGGAGUAGAAGGGAAACAGACCCGCAGGAAAAGAGGAAGAGACGAGGAGCGACAGGAGAGAGACGCCAGGAAGGCACACUGAGGGGUAUGUGCAGGGCAGCAGAGAGGAGACUACAGUGAGUGUGCUUUUUAGAGCGGAGACUGUGAGGAACCGGCAACCAGAUCCCAUCCAUUCCUCCCUCCUCCUCCUCAUCGCUCUCUUCCUCUUCCCCCUCCUUUACACUCUCUCUGUCCUGCUGUCCAAUCCCUCCUAUUGUUUCCUGUAUUGCCUCUUAGUAUCCUCUCAUAUCUUUUUUCUUCUCACCCUCUCUUGCCCUCUAUUUAAACCCCCUUUUUUGUCGCCACUCCGGAUUCUGUCUGUCUCUUGAUACCAAGAGGAAGACUUUUUUGCCCCGAGCUCCCAGGCAUUUCCAAGUGUCACACAGAAGACUGCUUUCUCCCGGCAUCCUCGACUCUUUGAGACAGGCGUCUGAAAGGAUCCAGGCUACAACCUCAGCGAGACUGUACCCCAACUGUGAGCUUCUAUCUCCAGCCUCCAGGACCUCCAGUUGGAUUCCAGCUACAUGGGCAAGCGUUUGGAGCAGCAGCAAAUGUACCCCCAGUACACCUACUACUACCCCCACUACCUCCAAACCAAGUCCUAUGCUCCCCCUCCACCCAUGGCUCCGCCCAGCCCCAGCACCACAGGAGGAGGAGGUGGAGGUCAAGGAGGAGGUUUGGUGGAGCAGCUAAGUAAGACCAACCUGUACAUAAGAGGCUUGCCACCAGCUACGACUGACCAAGACCUCAUCAAACUCUGCCAGCCAUAUGGGAAAAUUGUUUCUACAAAGGCCAUCCUGGACAAGAACACCAAUCAGUGUAAAGGCUAUGGCUUUGUGGACUUUGACAGCCCCGCAGCUGCCCAGAAAGCCGUGGCUUCGCUCAAAGCCAGCGGAGUCCAGGCACAGAUGGCAAAGCAACAGGAACAGGACCCCACCAACCUUUACAUCUCCAACCUGCCAGUGUCCAUGGACGAGCAGGAGCUGGAGAACAUGCUGAAGCCUUUCGGCCAUGUUAUUUCUACUCGGAUACUGAGGGACGCUAAUGGACUAAGCAGAGGAGUCGGAUUUGCCAGGAUGGAAUCUACAGAAAAGUGUGAUGUGGUUAUCCAAAAUUUCAAUGGAAAAUUCUUGAAAACUCCUCCAGGCAUGACAGCCCCCGCAGAGCCGUUGCUGUGCAAGUUUGCUGACGGAGGCCAGAAAAAAAGACAGACCCAGAUAAAAUAUCCCCAGAACGGCCGACCAUGGACGCGAGAUGGAGAGAGUGGUAUGGCGCUAACAUAUGAUCCCACCACGAUGCAAAAUGGGUUCUACUCAUCACCAUACAGCAUUUCCACCAAUCGGAUGAUUGCACAGACGUCAAUCACACCCUUCAUUGCUGCCUCUCCUGUUUCUACAUAUCAGGUCCAGAGUACAUCAUGGAUGCCACAUCAACAGUAUGUUAUGCAACCCACAGGUGCUGUGAUCGCCCCGUCUGCAGCCAUAGAGCCCAGUUUGUCACUUCACCCCUCUGGUGUCAUGGCACCUCUCACCCAGCAGAUGAACCACCUGUCCUUGGGCACUACAGGCACGUACAUGCCUGCUGCAGCAGCUGCGCCUAUGCAAGGAACCUACAUUCCCCAGUACACUGCAGUGCCUGCUUCUGCCAUCACAGUGGAAGGUGUGGUGACGGACUCAUCUCCACAGACGGCUGCCCCCUCUUUGCAGGACGCCAGUGGGCAGCAGCCUUUAUCAGUGGAGAACACAGGCGAGCAUGGCACUGCCUACUCUUACCAGCAGACAAAAUAAGAGUGGUCGUUGCUGUGUUGCCUUCUUGAGGACUGCGCUGACAGAGAGAGAAUCAAACCGGGAUAAUGUAAGGUCACACGGACAUCUUGAAAGGAGAGAACGAUUCCGCUGUGCUGAGGCACCAAAUAAAAACGAAGUGAGGGGGGGAAACAAAUCAACUUUUUUUUCAAACCUGGUUGAACAGAGAAAAGGACAUAAAAAGACUAUCACUUGCUGAACUUGAGGACAAUGACACCAAAUGCAGUCUGUUUCUUUGAGUUGAUGACUUCGCCCAGUGAGACUGGACUUUGCCUCCAAAGGAGUUAAAAAAAAAAAAAAGAUAAGACAAAGACUGAAACAUCAACCAACGAGCUGUACAGAAAAAAGGAACAUUUGAAUGUGCAGGUAGAUUUUCAGACUUUUGUAUUUUAAAAAAACAGGAAGUAAAGACAAACUAGAUUGUCUUCCUUUGAUAUUAAGCUACAUCAUUUUCAUCCUUUUUAUCAUUUGAGUAGUUUUCUAGGAGAUCAACGUUUUCGUAACUCUUUCUUGCCUUAAUUUUCUGAAAGUGUGGGAAACGGUUUCCAUUGCUGACCUAUUGAAAAAACGUGUGGACUGCGUGAUCUUGGAGGAACCACAGAGAUUAAACUGUACAGCAAAGGCUUGAAGAUGAUUGGAACUGGCGUGAAAACGCAGUUUAUGUUUUAGCAGUUUGCUUUCUCCAUUGUAUUUAUAUUUUCAAUGUACUUUUUUUUUUUUUUCAACGUAAAACUGUUUUGUCCGCUUUACUCGUCUGACUGCAAAAGCUAAAAAGGAUUAACGUUUAUGGCUUUGACUCAAAAGCAGGAACAAUUUUUUCAAUUGUGCAAAAGCAAUAGUAGUCUUUCGUAAAUGUUGAACAAAGGCAGCCUGAAGGUGGCAUAUUUUAUACCAAAGAUGAAGAAAAUAGCUAGAGAAUAAUUCUUCCUUUUGUUGCUUUUUUUUAAUUCUUUUACCACUGAAACUGAUGUUGGUGUUGCUGGACGUGCUGAUGGUGUGGAGGAUCUUUUUUUCUUUUCAACAGUUGCUUGCGAUGAUGCUUUGUAUCAAACUCAAUGCUCUCCAACCAAUUCAUAAGCUGUUAAGAGGUUUCAUCAUCAGAAGAUGUGUAUGCUGUGGGAUAAUGGUAGCUACUGGUGGUCUAUCAACAGUAUAUCACACCGUGACAAGGUGCUUCAGGGUGUCCGUACACACCAAAUGCACACAAUGAGAUGUAAAAACUGUAGAUGCAAGCCAAAACACUUGCACAGCUGUACAAGGUGUCACACAUUUGCCAACCACAGGCCAAGUACAAUGUGUGUAGAGCAAUGAAAAGGAAAGGGCAUUUCUGGACGGAACCAUUUAAGCUUAUGUACAUUAUCUAUAGGUUUUAUAUCUUUUUUUUUUUUAACUUUGUGUGUUUUUUAAAAGAAAAUCAUGUAUGAGCUGCUAAAUACUAUUUCAGUAUUGGUGGGUGUGGAAAAAAGCUGCACGUUCAGAAUGCCACUGAAAAUAAUUUAAGUCAGCCAGGAUGAACCCUGUCUCUGUUUAACGUUGUACAUGACCAUGACGAAUUAAAAUAAGAGGAAAAUCAAAUGAUAUAGGAAGUGUUGUUGGUUGCAAUACUUGCAAAAUAAAUGAACUAUCCACGUACUGAUUAAGAACGAAAAAGAGCACUAAAAAAACGCACGUGCCGGUCUUGAGGCUCCCGCACCCUCCGCUAACACAAGAGAAAACAUUGAAAGAAAAAAUGGAUUCAACCAAAACCAAGCAGAUACAAACCUCGAUAAGACAAGGCAGACAGAGAGAGCAGAGAGUAAUAUUUAUGAGAUCAGUUUUUGUACAGGUGUGGAAAAGAAAAUGCAACAGACAAAAAAAAAACUUUGAUGAUGCUAUUUUUUUAUUUGCUUGGUCACAUGCCCUCCAUGUCUUUUCAAUUGUGAUUCUGAGAGUGUCUGUAGAGCCAGUGGAUAUUGAUGUAGUUCCCAAUGUCUCUUUUGGUUUGAUUUUUUUUUCCUUUCUAGACAAAUCUUUCAAUAAAAAAUAAAAAUAAAUACAAC